UGGUUGAAAUCUUGUUUCUUGACUUUGCAUUGUUGCUAGCAAGAACGAAAGAGAUGGACUUUGAGGACGAAGACAAACCAAAAUAUGUCUCCAAGACCCGCAGGUUUGCACCUGGUCGUGCCCGAAAGUCCAAACCUGAACCAACUCCAGUACAUCCCUCAGAAACUGAUGCUCCUUCCGAGUCUGUCAGCAAGAAGAAGACGUUGAUGGAGGAAGAAGAAGAAGAAGACGUUGUUGUUCGUGAAAUUGACGUGUUCUACAAUCCAUCUAUUGGUGCCAACACUGAGCUUUAUGUUCUACAAUACCCUCUAAGACCGUCUUGGCGUGCGUAUGAAAUGGAUGAACGUUGCCAAGAAGUUAGAGUGAACCCUUCUACCUCCGAGGUGGAACUUGAUUUGUCUAUGGAUGUUAAUUCCACUAACUAUGACUCAAAGUCUGCAAGUGAAUUACAUAUGACUAAGCAGACCUUGACAACAGCAUGGAAACCGCCUCCUACAUUGGACUAUGCUGUUGGGGUUCUUUCACGUGAUACGUUACACUUGAAUCCUGUUCAUGCUGUUCCUCAGCUCCGACCGUCUAUGAAGUAUCUUUCAUCCAAAAGAAUACAAGCAGAAGCUCCUGAAGAAUCUGCCAGAGCAUCAAAAAAGCAGAACAAGGGAGUAUCCAAGGAUCAGAAACCAGUACCUGAAGAAAAUUGGGUUUCACUCAAGUAUCAUGGACUUGGAUCAGAAUUUCACUCUAGAUACCUUACCAAAAUGAUGGCCAGUGAGAACUCUAUAAUAAACUUCAACAUGAGCCGGUAUAUGAUGUCUUCCUUUUGA